CGGCACCGUACGAUCACGGUGAUCACAACGCACCCGCGAUUCGCCAUUGCGACGUGAUUGCCUAUCGAAGUUUCGUUUCGCGUUCGUGCGUGAGAAAUCGUCCCGGUGCGUCCCACACGUCGGACUUCCCUGGCCGCGGCCUACGCAAGUGCCAAUCUUCACGGUGGCCGUGUCCGACCAAUCGUCUAGCGGUACGCUGCCGGUUUUUUGAUUGGGCGAUACCAGGGAUAAGAGACCAGUUCGAGGCCGUCGGGACCCACAAAUGGACGUGGACACAUCAAGUGGAGAACAUCGGCCUGCUGCGGCGCGAAGUGCCCGUCGUUCUUCGUCGUCCUCGUCGAACUUGGUCGCCGUCGUCGCCGUCGUCGUCGUCGAUCACCUCGCUCUUCUCCGUGUGUGACGCGACCCUCGGAUAACGAUUCGGAUUUUGUGUCUAUCUCUCGGUUGUCGGUACCGAGCCUCUUCUGUACGGGUGGAAAGCUGGCGUUGAUCGCAGAGUAAUUUACCUCCGCGUCAAGGUCUUAGUGCUGAUUCACCGCGCAGACUGCAAGAGCGGACAUCAUUAUCGGAAUAAUGAAGAGAGAAGCCGAGGCUGGCGCUAUGACAGGUUCCGGGGGCCCGACGAGCCCUCACAAGCGCUAUCGACAGGGUGACGAUGAGCUCCGUCUUCUCAUCCCGAGUAAGGUUGCCGGUUCGAUAAUCGGCAAGGGUGGCCAGAACAUCACGAAACUCAGAAGUCAGUACAAAGCCUCAAUCAUUGUACCCGAUUGCCCCGGACCCGAACGGGUGCUCACCAUCAGUUCGGACCUGCCCACUGUUCUGCAAGUGUUGAACGAGGUCGUACCUAAUCUGGAAGAGAACGGCUCUCGCCAUGGCAGCGACGAGAUCGAUGUGCGCAUGCUGGUGCAUCAGAGUCAAGCGGGAUGCAUCAUCGGCAAAGGCGGUCUGAAGAUCAAGGAGCUCCGCGAGAAAACCGGAGCCAGGAUCAAGAUCUAUUCGAACACCUGCCCCCGCAGCACGGAUCGUCUCAUCAGCAUCUGCGGGAAACCCACGACGUGCAUCGAAUGCAUACGCGAACUGAUCGCCACCAUUAAGACCGUGAGUAUAUACCACUGAUCAUGACCUUUCUCAUAAAUCUUUAAUAGCUACGCCGUUACAUUUCAUCGCGGAUACGGCGGUAACUCGCGCGUGGGCGGCGGCGGCAGCGGCGGCGGCGGCGGUGGUGGUGGUGGUGGAGGCGGCUACGACGGCGGUCGUGGCAGCGGCGGAUACGGCGGCAGCGGAAACCGAGGCGGUCCGCCACCCUACGGCGGCGGAAAUUACAACGGUGAUGGAUGGAUGCAAGGAGGUGCGCCCAAUGGCUUGGGUGGCGGUGGUAACACGGGAAUGGGUGGCCCACCCAUGGGUGGAAACAACCAAGGCAACCAGGGCAACAUGAGUGGAAACAAGACCAGUACACAAGUCACCAUUCCUAAAGAUUUGGCUGGAGCUAUAAUUGGCAAAGGUGGUGCGAGAAUCAGAAAAAUCAGAUCCGACAGUGGUGCUGGAAUAACUAUAGACGAGCCACUGCCUGGUAGUAACGAUCGCAUCAUCACCAUCACUGGGAUUCCCAGUCAGAUACAAAUGGCCCAGUACCUGCUGCAGCAGAGAGCGCCUAGCGAUACUCGAGUAAAUAAUUUGCGACUUUCGCGAGUGGACAAUCAAAAUAGAGUGGACAUUCAGAAAAUUGAAUGGCACGCAGCCAUCGAGCCGGAAAUGAAGGGUAGCUGCCGGUCGAAGAAAUUACAGUACGCGUCCGACAAUAUAUCCAGUCAUUCGGUCCCUCUGGCAUGUGCCAGUUUGUUUUUCAUAAGCAUUAACGCGGUAGCUUCGGGAAACAUGAAGACAUCCAAAUUCGACAAUUUAAAACAUAGAUAUCGCAAAUGUCUGGCGUACGGGGUGAAAAAAUACCUGGGGUGGUUUCACAUCUUUUGCGAGAAUACGAGUCUGCACGGUUUUCGCUACAUAACUUUAAGCGGAUCGUCGAUAAUCGAAAAUGUUUUCUGGUUCGUGAUUUGCAAAUCGUCAAUUGUGUUCUGCGUUAUACUGAUGCUGCGCUUGUGGGCGAAUUACUCGAACAAUCCCAUAGUGACGACCAUUUACACGUCGAAUUCGAUAUGGGACGUGUCUUUUCCGGCCGUCACUAUAUGCAACAAUAAUAAGGUUUACCGUCCACACGCCGACGGUAUUGCCGAGUAUUUAUACUCGAACGGAUUCACCGCAGAGGACAGCGACAAAUUUUUUUCAUCUCUAAUGAAGCUGAUACGACCCGAUAAAAUUUCGAUGGACAAUGUGACCGCGAGACAGCUCCUCGAUAAUUUCGAUUUCACGGUCGAAGCGCUCAUGGAGAAGAACGCGCCCGGGAGCGGCCGCGACGUGGGACUCGCGGUCGCCCUGAACAUCGAGCCCAAUAUGUACAAGGCUACUUCGCGCCCUUACGUAGGGGCCUCCGUAAUGAUACACGACCCGAUCGAUUUUCCUGAUAUCGGUGCACACGUCGCGUCCGUGCCACCCGGUCACGUCCUGGCGGUAUCCGUUACCGGCACGUCCAUUAGAGGCAUGGAAAGUUUGCGGAACAUGCCCCUAGAGAAACGUAUGUGCUACUUCGACAACGAGGUAAAACUACGUGCCGCUCGCUACAGUUAUCAAUCGUGCCUAUCGGAUUGUAUAGCCGAGCACACAUAUCGUCUGUGCGGCUGCUUGCCGUUUUAUUACCCGGAGGCGCAAUUAAUACCAGAACACGCGAAGACUUGUACGACUUGCCUGCCUCAGUGCACCGAUAUGAUGUAUCAGAUCAAUCCGGAAGAUAUUAAAAUGGAAGACGUGGGAUUCGACUCUGAUCUAACACACGGCUUCGAUAUAAACAAUGUGUCCUUCGUGUAUGUAUUUUUCGGCGAUAUAUCGUACGUCGAGUACCGCAAGGAGAGCAUCAUUAGCUGGGAUUCAUUACUCGCAUCCUUUGGCGGUAUCUUCGGUCUCUGCCUCGGUGGUUCCGUGAUGAGCGUAAUAGAGCUGGUUUAUCUCCUGGCCAGACAGCUCUUUAGAAGACAGCCCCGCAAAAGCCUGGAGCAAUCGCGUGCAAAAUUGCCGCCAGCGUCGGAGGUGUUCCUGUCGAUCCCCGUUAGAGAGAAAGUUCAGCAGCUGAAACCGCGAGAUCGUCAGAAAUCGGAUGACAAGCCUGUUCUUGUCACAUGGUAUCAACCGCCUCUUCACCAUCGUAAAACGAUGAAUCUCACCGAUGUUUAUCAUGUCAAACACGUUAAAUUUUAAAGCACAGUCUACUUUAAUCGAGUCGAUAUUUA